UAUAAUAAUAUUUGUCCAUUAAUCUUGGUCUCCAUUCUCAGUUUCUCAGCCUAUUCAUUAGAUCUCAUCUUACACUCACCCGGCCACCCUUACUCGCACCACCCUCCACGGCAGCUCCGGCAACCACCUCUGGUUCCAUUGCUUUCUCUCUCGUUUUCUCAGAAAUAUGCCUUCUCAGAAGGUUGAAACGGGUCACCAAGACACGGUACAUGAUGUUGCGAUGGAUUACUAUGGUAAGAGGCUGGCAACAGCUUCAUCAGAUCACACAAUUAAGAUAAUUGGAGUGAGCAACACGGCCUCUCAGCAUCUAGCAACGUUGACUGGUCACCAAGGACCUGUUUGGCAAGUAGUGUGGGCUCACCCUAAGUUUGGUUCUCUACUUGCAUCUUGUUCCUAUGAUGGCCGUGUCAUUGUAUGGAAGGAGGGUAACCAAAAUGAAUGGACUCAAGCUCACGUGUUUGAUGAGCACAAAUCAUCUGUGAAUUCUAUUGCUUGGGCGCCCCACGAGUUGGGUCUCUGCUUGGCUUGUGGCUCAUCCGAUGGGAAUAUAUCUGUUUUCACUGCAAGAGCGGACGGUGGCUGGGACACUGCAGUGAUUGAUCAGGCUCACCCAGUUGGUGUCACUUCUGUGUCAUGGGCACCAUCAACGGCACCUGGUGCCCUUGUUGGUGCAGGGUUGCUUGAUCCUGUGCAAAAGCUGUGCUCUGGUGGCUGUGAUAAUACUGUGAAGGUAUGGAAGCUCAACAAUGGACUGUGGAAGAUGGACUGCUUCCCUGCUCUUCAUAUGCACACAGAUUGGGUUAGAGAUGUUGCUUGGGCACCCAAUUUAGGGCUACCUAAAUCUACUAUUGCUAGUGCAUCACAGGAUGGUAAAGUGGUUAUAUGGACCGUGGCAAAAGAGGGUGAUCAGUGGGAAGGCAAGGUUUUGAAUGAUUUCAAGACACCUGUUUGGAGGGUGUCAUGGUCACUGACGGGAAACAUACUUGCCGUGGCUGAUGGGAACAACAAUGUGACAUUGUGGAAGGAAGCAGUAGACGGGGAAUGGCAACAGGUGACAACAGUGGAGCCUUAGAAUGUGAUUUGCAGGCCUUGUUUAUUACUUUGAAAAUGGGUAGAAUUUUGUUUUGAAAUAUAGUUGACAUCUUGUUUCCCUGCAUUUUAUACAGUUGAUUAAUUGUGCUUCAUAAUGCGCUUGUUCAUUGAUGUUUGUGAUACAUUGCAUAUUCUGUGAGUGGAAGAAUUAAAUUCAUUAGUUCGAG